ACUGUGAGGUUUCUUACUGAACUUGAGAAGCAGCAACAGCGACUGCAACAGUCUCGACACAACACAAAUCAGCACAUAAUAAUGGUAUGGGCUUCUGAAGUCGGUCGGAGCAUGGAGUCCGCUCACCAGGCAGGUUAGGAGGUUUUAGGAGACACGCUAAGAACCCUGUUUUGACUCCCCAUCCUGAAAUGAGGCAAAAUGUUGAUGUGUGACAGAGGAGUCCAAAUGCUGAUCACCACAGUGGGCGCGUUCGCCGCGUUCAGCCUGAUGACUAUCGCUGUGGGAACGGACUACUGGCUGUACUCACGAGGAGUGUGCCGGGCCAAAAGUAAUAACGAGAACGAGACGAGAGGGAAGAAUGAGGAAGUCAUGACCCACUCCGGACUGUGGAGAACCUGCUGCCUAGAAGGAACAUUUCGAGGUGUCUGUAAGAAGAUUGACCACUUUCCAGAGGAUGCAGAUUAUGAUCAGGAUGCAGCAGAGUAUUUACUACGAGCAGUGAGAGCGUCCAGCAUCUUCCCCAUCAUGAGCGUUGGGCUUCUGUUCAUGGGAGGUUUGUGUGUGGCUGCCAGUGAGUUUUACAGGAGCAGACACAAUGUCAUCCUCAGUGCUGGAAUCUUCUUUGUCUCUGCUGGCCUAAGUAACAUCAUCGGCAUUAUCGUGUACAUAUCCGCCAAUUCGGGCGACCCUGGCCAGAGCGAUUCGAAGAAGAGCUACUCAUACGGCUGGUCCUUCUACUUCGGUGCACUGUCCUUCAUAAUGGCCGAGAUGGUGGGCGUGCUUGCCGUGCACAUGUUCAUUGAGAAACACCGGAAGCAGCGCGCCAAGUCCCGCACCGAGCUGAUCAAGAAGUCGGCCUUCAGUCGCAUCCCCAGCUACCGCUACCGAUUCCGCCGGCGCUCCAGCUGCCGCUCCAGCGAGCCUGCCUCGCGUGACGCUUCGCCCAUGGGCAAGAGCGGGUACACGGGCCCCGCUGCAGCAGACAUCUCCAUGUACACCCUGUCCAGGGAUCCCUCCAAGGCGGCAAUGGGUGCCUUGCUCAACUCCGAGAGGGAGUUUUUGCAGGCUCACAACUCCAACGCUAAGGACUUCAAAGAUGCGGCCAACAGGAGGACCACUCCAGUCUGAGAGAGUUUAAGCACAGAGGAAGUGCCAUGGCUAAGCGGUUACAACCACAGACUUGAGCUGGACCCCAGCAGGAAGAAGAAUUCACUCGAGGCCUGCAGGGCUAUAACCCUCUUUCUAUAACAUUAUAUACAAAUAUACAGUCAUGGCAAGUUUUGGUAGCAACAUCAAUUUUGUGUUUUGCAAAGGUGUUCAUUCACAUUGUUUCUAGAUUAUUGUGUAGAGCAAUUUUAAAUAAUUACUAAAAGCUUCAAUGGCCAAAAAAAAUUACUUUUCAUAAGAAAAAAAAUGUAUUUAACUGUUUUUGAUCCUGACACUAAAUGACCAGCUAACAUUAAUUGACUAAUCAUAUUAGCAAGACAAGUAAAAGUGUGAAUGAGUACUAGUCAGGUGAAAUCCCUAUCAUAAUAAUAAUAUUGUAAGAGCAGACUGAUUGCUAUAAAAGGAGGGAAGAAGCGCUUCCAAUCAUUGUGUUCUUGUUAACAAUGGCUACCUCCAAAGAAAUGCGUGCAGCCUUCAUCGAUGUGGAUCACAAUGGCCUCACAUUCAAGGAAAUUGCUACAAAGAAUAUUGCACCUGAAAGAACCAUUUCCUGGAUCAUCUAGAACUUCAAGAAGAGAGGUUCGACUGAAGUGAAGACGUCCCAGAAUGUCCAGCAAGCGCCAGGACUGUCUCCUCAUGAGGAGUCAGAUACAGAAUUGUGUCACCAGCAGUGAAGAGCUUGCUAAGGAACGGCAGCAGGUCGGUGUGAGAGCAUCUGCAUGCACAGUGAGGCCAAGACUUUAGGACAAAGACCUGGUGUCAAGAAGGGCAGCAAGUAAGCCACUUCUCUCCAAGAAAAACUUGAAGGACCGACUCGAAUUCUGCAGGAAGUACAAGGAUUAGACAGCAGAAGGCUGGUGCAAAGUUAUUUUCUCUGAUGAAGCUUCCUUCCAACUUUUUGAAAAAUCUGGAAAAUCGAUUGUUUGGAGAUGAAAAGGUGAACACUACCAUGAGUCCUCUGACGUGCCAACUGUGAACCAUCCUGAGACCACCGAUAUGUGGGGCUGCUUUUCAACCAAGGGAGUGGGCUCUCUCAUUAACAUGUCCAAAAACACUGCCAUGUAUAACGAAUGGUAUCAAAACCUUUUUCCAACGAUCCAUGAGUAGUUUGGUGAUGAUCCGUGCAUUUUCCAGCAUGACGGAGCACCAUGUCACAAAGCAAGACUGAUAAAGAAGUGGCUAGAAUAUAAUUACAUAGAAACUUUGGAUCCAUGGCCAGGCAACUCCCCAGAUCUCAAUCCCAUAGAGAACCUGUGGUCAGUUAUCAAAAGGCGAGUGGACAAGCAGAAGCCCACAAAUUGUGAUCAGCUCUGAGAACUAAUACGGCAAGAAUGGAUCUCCAUCAGUGAGGAUUUGGCCCAGAAGCUAAUAUCAGGCAUGCCAGAGCGAACUGCAGAGGUUAUGAAAAGCAAGGGUCAACACUGUAAAUAUUGACUCAUAUUUUUUUUUGCCAAUAAAAGCAUUAAAAAACUUAUGCUUAUGGUUUUUCAGUAUACCAUAGAAACAUGUGGAAAGAUAAUCUACAAAUACCGAAGCAGCAAACUUUGCAAAACACAAAAUUUAUGUCACUGCCAAAACUUUUGGCCAUGACUGUAGAUGGUAAUUAUUAGAUCAUUGGUGCUUCCUUUUAAUCCUUUAAUUUUCAGUCACUGUUUUUGUCGUUUCACCUGACACACACAUCCCUCCCCCUAAGGGCUACUUGAGUAGAAUGCUAGUCCUCUCCUCAAUGUUAUUUGUUCUGCUACUGCAGUUCCUGAAAUGGUAGCCCAGCGAAACUGUGAAGCCCUCUGAGGGGGAGGAUUGUAACGCUUCUGACAGAUGAACCGAAAGGCUGUCCCGAUACUCGCCUUAUGCACAACUCAGUAGCCCAUAGCUGGUGAGUGCUGCCUCACACUCACAAGAUUGUAUACAUUGUUGGUUUUUCUUCCGGGUCGGAAAUUGAGCCCACAUCUAGCGCCACUGUCUCAUGCUGAUCACCCCCACUCAUCCCACCUACACGCUGCCCUCAAGCUACUUUGCCAGGCUCUGCAUGCCAUCCACACAGUUCUGUUAUUUAUUUUUAAUGUUUACUCCCAUUAUUUACAUUGCAAAAACCCCUGCAUAAACUUUUAUAACAGGGUUAAAAUGCUUGUUAUUAAAUAUGAUCUUUUAGCCAACCAAAGUUUUUUGGUAUUACAUUGUUUUCAUUGAGAUUCUAAUGAUUUACAAUUUGAUGUGAUUUACAAUGAGAUAUCCUUGAUAAGAGGUUUACUGGAGGCCCUUUGGCUUAUUAAUAUGGAUAUUGUGGUCAUUAUUAUAACGUAGAAGUUUUUUUUUUAUCUGUUAGCGAAAGAAAAGCAGUCGGCUGCCAAAUGUAGAUUUCUUAAUUGUCUAUAGUUAAAAUGUUUUUGGAGAAAAUAUUGUUCGUACAUUUACCAAAAGCUGUGCAUCAAGAGUUUAUAAAAAUCAGAAUGUUAUGAAAUCAAAAGGAACUGCCCUGAGUACUUGGACCAUUCACACAUCAUUAAUAGACAAGCCUCAAAAUGGGCUGAUGGGAUUUUCAGGUUCAAGUCUAUACACAAUAACAAAACAACAAACAACGCUAUGCUUAUAACCAUGCAUACAACACUUCUUUGAAAAUAUAUAUUGCUCAUUCUAUCUACAUUAAUGCUACAUCAAUGCUAUACUGAACUAUACUUAACUACAAAAUAUAAAUGUAUACUGUAAUUUAGUUGCUUAGUUAAUGUUAUCAAUAUCAUACUGAUGAAUAUAAACUCCAAGGGCUUUUGGUUUUCAUAUAAAAAGCAUACAAGGGCUUUAAAGAAGUUCAGCCAACAGAGAAAACAACAGAUCUGCCCUUAAAAAUAGUUACAUUGAAAAAAUAAAAGAAAAAUUCUUUACCAUGUAUGCAAAACACAUCCAGAUGUAAUGAUAUAAUGUAUACAGUAAGUUUUCCUUCGCAUCUGUCGCAAUUAUUAAUCCCUUUGUCAGUUAGGUAAAAAACGGAAGUAGAUCCUGAAACAUCUAUAAUAGUGUAGUUUUUCCAGAAAUUCAUCUCAUUUCAGAACAUCCAAGAGUACAGAACAUGUACUUUAGCCUCCAGAUUCAUGCAAGCCAGUCAUUCAUCUCCAGUUUUAUUUCAUUCAGCUUACCGAAGUCAUGCUAGCGAUCUGCCGCCUCACUGGAAAUAUUACUGUAAAUGUUGCCUUUCGUUCGGAUCCACUUUAUGUUGUGAAAUUGUGAUGUUCUGGGUCUAGAACUAAGUGUUUCAUAUUUGAAGGAGUCCACUGGAGUGCAUUGGGCACAGUUGAACAGUUUAACCCUUCAAGUCUCUCUCAGAGCACCUAGUGCCUGUCUCUUCUGCUUACUCCGAAGCGCCCGUCGCCGGGUCUCUCACUUUCGCUUGCUUGCUCCUUCAUCUCCAUCACAGCCUCGCAUCAGCUCCUCUUACCAGGACUGUUAUUGCUCAGCCAAUCACAUCCAUAGAGUCUUAGGCCCUUUGGCCUGCAACAUUGUGUAUGUGACCUCUUAACAAAAACAGCAGUCUCAGCUUGAAACAUGCUGUAGAAAAAAAGCACACCUUUUAAAUACAGUAGUUUACAUCAAUAAAGAUAAUAGUCGAAGAGAUAUUUAAAGAUUUAGAAAAAUAAAGUCAGUUUUAAGAAUGCCAA